AUGGCCGUCCCCACCAUGGCCGUCCCCACCAUGGCUCUGCGGCGGGUACUGGGGCCGGGGGUGGCCCUGGGGCGACGGAGCUGCUGCUCCAAGCGCCCGCUGCCCCCCGACUUCGUGGAGGCCCUGAGGGCUGUGGUCGGGGGCCCCAAUGUCUCCACGGCCAUGGCGGUGCGCGAGCAGCACGGCCACGAUGAGUCCAUGCACACUGCCGCCGCCCCCCCCGCCACCUUCCCAAGCGUGCGGGCAGCCGUGGCCUGCACCGUCCAGGUGCUGCAGGCAGCCGUGCCCGUGGCCCGCAUCGCGGCCACGCUCCUCCUGGAGCUCCACGGCUCCCGGCGGGGGCUGGCCGAGCAGCAGCAGCAGACAGAGGAGAUCGUGAGGCUGAACGGCGGCUCCAGCCCGGCCUGGGCGGAGGAGCCGGAGGAGCGCGGGCGGCUCUGGGCCAUGCGCCACAGUGCCUGGUACGCCGCCCUGGCCCUGCGGCCCGGCUGCCAGGGCUACUCCACGGACGUCUGCGUGCCCAUCUCCCGCCUGCCCGACGUGGUGGUGGAGACCAAGCGGGACCUGCAGGACUCCGGCCUCACCGGCCCCAUGGUGGGACACGUGGGCGACGGCAACUUCCACUGUCUCCUCGUCUUCGACGCCCAGGACCCGGCCGAGGCCGGGCGCGUCCACGCCUUCACCCAGCGCCUGGGCAGGCGGGCGCUGGCGGCGGGGGGCACCUGCACCGGGGAGCAUGGCGUGGGGCUGGGCAAGCGGGCGCUGCUGCUGGAGGAGCUGGGCCAGGAGGGGCUGGACACCCUGCGCCGCAUCAAGGCCGCGCUGGACCCCCACAACCUCAUGAACCCCGGCAAGGUGCUCUGA